CACCGCAGCCUGUGAUCGUGGGUCGAGUCCUGCUCCUUAGAUCCUCUGUCUUGGGGUCUGGACAGUGUCUAGAAAGCUCUCCAAGGGAGGUGAUCCCGGAGGAGGAGGGGACACGUCGGGGCGGGGCCAGCCACCCAAGGUCCCCUGCGGGGGGACGUCACCGGCCCCAGGUGCGGAGGGCGGGAACUGCCUCGCACCUCCCGGCGGAGCGAGCGCUUUCCCCUCCUCCAUCCAGACUGCGGCCCGGCUCCGGGCUACCCUUUCUGACCCGGCCACACCUGGAACCGCACCCCGGCGCCGGGCGGAGGCGGAGAAGGGCGGCCCCGGGAGAGACCUGGCCCGGAGGAUCGGCGGGACUCUGGCGAGGCCCGGCGGCAAGGGCGCGGCGAAGCGAGGCGAUGGCGCGGAGCCCGAGCGGCCGGUGCACCCUCCUGCUGCUGUUGCAGCUGCUGGCGGUGGUCUGCUUGGACUUUGGAGAUGGACUUCACUUAGAGGUCUUCAGCACGAGAGGUGAAGACAGACUGUUCCCUAAGCGCACUCACUUGGUUCGUCAAAAGAGGGCCUGGAUCACUGCCCCUGUGGCUCUUCGAGAGGGAGAAGACCUUUCCAAAAAGAACCCAAUCGCCAAGAUACACUCUGACCUUGCAGAAGAAAGGGGAAUAAAGAUCACCUACAAGUACACUGGGAAGGGAAUUACAGAGCCACCCUUCGGUAUAUUCGUGUUUGAUAGGAACACAGGAGACCUGAACAUCACCAGUAUUCUUGACCGGGAAGAAACGCCAUUUUUCCUGCUGACAGGCUAUGCCUUGGACUCCAGAGGAAACAACCUGGAGAAGCCCUUAGAGCUCCGCAUCAAAGUUCUGGACAUCAAUGACAAUGAGCCAGUGUUCACACAGGAGGUCUUUGUCGGGUCCAUAGAGGAACUGAGUGCAGCACAUACACUUGUGAUGAAAAUCACCGCGACGGACGCGGACGAUCCUCAGACCUUGCACUCUAAAAUCUCCUACAGAAUUGUCUCUCAGGAGCCUGCAAACACUCCUGUGUUCUACCUAAAUAAAGACACGGGGGAGAUCUACACAACCAGCUUUGCUCUGGACAGAGAGGAACACAGCAGCUAUUCCUUGACAGUGGAAGCGAGAGACGGUGACGGGCAGAUAACAGACAAACCCGUGCAACAAGCCCAAGUGCAGAUUCGCAUUUUGGAUGUCAAUGACAAUAUACCUGUGGUGGAAUACGGAACGUACGAGGGGGUAGUGGAAGAAAACCAGGUCAAUGUAGAAGUCAUGCGGAUCAAAGUGACCGACGCGGAUGAAGUGGGCUCGGAUAACUGGCUAGCAAACUUUACAUUCGCAUCAGGAAAUGAAGGGGGCUAUUUCCACAUCGAGACUGACACGCAGACUAACGAAGGCAUCGUGACCCUUGUCAAGGAAUUGGACUAUGAAGAAAUGAAGAAACUGGACUUGAGCAUCCUUGUCACGAACAAAGCAGCUUUCCACAAGUCCAUUGUGAGCAAGUACAAGCCCACGCCCAUUCCCAUCACUGUCAAGGUCAAGAACGUGGUCGAAGGCAUUCAUUUCAAGAGCAGCACAGUCACCUUCCGAGCUAGUGAGGCGAUGGAUCGAUCCAGCCUCAGCCGGUCGAUUGGAAAAUUUCAAGUUUUCGAUGAAGACACUGGAAAGGCAGCUGAUGUAACGUACGUAAAAGUGCAAGACACCGACAACUGGGUCUCUGUGGACUCUGUCACUUCAGAGAUUAAGCUGGUAAAGAUUCCUGACUUUGAAUCUCGACACGUCCAGAAUGGCACCUACACUGUAAAGGUUGUGGCUAUAUCCAAAGGUCACCCUCAAAAAACCGUCACCGGCACCAUCCUUAUCAAUGUUGAAGACGUCAAUGACAAUUGUCCCGUACUGAUGGACUCGGUACGGAGUGUCUGUGCGGAUGCACCGUAUGUGAACAUCACUGCGGAAGACCUGGAUGGACCCCGGAACAGUGCGCCGUUCACCUUCUCCAUCAUUGACCAGCCUCCCGGAACAGCACAGAAGUGGAAAAUCACGCACCAGGAAAGUACCAGUGUGCUGCUGCAGCCAAGCGAGAGGACGCUCGGGAGAAGUGAGAUUCCCUUCCUCAUCUCCGACAGCCAGGGUUUCAGCUGCCUGGAGAGGCAAGUCCUCCAGCUCACCGUGUGCGAGUGUCUGGAGGGCGGUGGCUGUGCGGCUGCGCUGUAUGACAACUACGUCGGUUUGGGCCCCGCCGCGAUCGCCCUCAUGAUUCUGGCUCUCCUGCUUCUGCUCCUGGUGCCGCUCUUGUUGUUGAUGUGCCACUGUGGAGAGGGUGCCAAAGGCUUCGCCCCCAUUCCCGGGACCAUAGAGAUGCUGCAUCCUUGGAAUAAUGAAGGGGCACCACCCGAGGACAAGGUGGUGCCAUCGCUUCUGGUGACUGAUCACGUGGAGAACUCGGGAGUGAGAGGCGUUGGUGGUGGCGGCGGUGGCGUAGGAGGGGUGAAGCUCAAGGAAGGCGUGGUGAAAGGCAGUAGCUCAGCCUCCAUUACCAAAGGGCAGCAUGAGCUAAUUGAGGUUGACGGAAGAUGGGAAGAACACAGAAGCCUCCUCACUAGUGGGCUCACUCACCAUGUAGCCACCGUAGGAUCCAUCGCUGCCAAUGACACCACAAUAAGGACAACAAGAGCCACUGGGGCAUCCAGAGACAUGAGCGGGGCUCGAGGAACCAUUGCCAUGAAUGAGGAACUCUUGAGAAGUUACUUCACAGAGAAAGCGGCUUCCUACGCCGGGGAAGACGACUUUCACCUGGCCAAAGACUGCCUUCUCGUCUACUCCCAGGAGGACACGGACUCUCUCCGAGGCUCCGUCGGGUGCUGCAGUUUUAUCGAGGGAGAGCUCGACGAUCUGUUCUUAGAUGACCUGGGUCCGAAAUUCAAGACCCUAGCUGAAGUUUGCCUGGGUCGAAAGAUCGACAUGGAUGUGGACAUUGAACAGAGGCAAAAGCCGGUCAGAGAAACAAGUGUGAACGCAGCUCCCGGCUCUCACUACACACAAGUGACAGCCAGCUCAGAGAGCACGUAUUCCUCUAACAGUGGCUUCCAAGCCCCCAAACCUCUGCUUGGAGCACACACAGAGAAAGUCACACAGGAAGUUGUCGCUGAAAGCUCUGUGUCUUCCAGGCAGAGUCAGAAGGUAGUACCACCACCCAAUCCAGUGGCUUCAGGUAACAUUAUAGUGACGGAAACUUCCUAUGCCGCGGGAUCAGCGGUGCCACCCAGCACUGUGAUCCUGGCUCCUAGACAGCCACAGAGCCUUAUUGUAACAGAGAGGGUGUACGCCCCAGCCUCCACCUUGGUGGAUCAGCACUAUGCCAAUGAAGAAAAUGUCCUUGUUACCGAACGAGUGAUCCAGCCUAAUGGAGGCAUCCCUCAGCCCCUUGAGGUCACCCAGCAUCUGAACGAUGCUCAGUAUGUUAUGGUGAGGGAAAGAGAGAGCAUCCUGGCUCCCAGCUCAGGCGUGCAGCCCACUCUGGCAAUGCCCAGCGUGGCAGCAGGAGGGCAGAAUGUCACUGUCACAGAAAGAGUACUGACUCCUGCUUCCACUCUGCAGUCCAGUUACCAGAUUCCCAGUGAAGCCUCUAUCAAGGCUAGGAAGACGGUGCUGUCCAGUGUGGGAGGCAUGGGCCCUCUGCCCAACUUAGAUUUAGAGGAAUCUGGUCCUCCCAACUCUACUGUAACCACGUCUUCCACCAGGGUCACCAAGCAUAGCACCGUGCAGCAUUCUUACUCCUAAAGAGAAGCCAGCCGCAGUCUGAUUCGGAGCUUAACCAGGUUCCACUGGGUGUGUGUUUCCUUCCGUGUCCCUAAUGUCAUAUGAGCUGCACAAAGACUUGCACGUUGGGAAAGCUCAUCGGCAUGCCAAAGACACGGUGUCUCAGGCAGGGUUGUAUUUCAGAAAUGCUCUGUGAUUACUGGGGGGGUGGAGUUAAGAUGCUAGUUCCUAAGUGCUUUCUAGUGCAUUCUGCAAGCAAUACUCACAUACAGGACAUGGAAAAUUGGCUUCUAAGAACUUACCAAAUUAAAGCACGGUUUCUAAUUAA